AGCAGUAGUAAUACAUCGGCAAACCAACACAUCAGGCCUUGAUUAGAUGAUUAGAUAAGUGUUUUUAGUUUUUUGUUUUUUUUAAAGAUGUCCGUUCGUCAUUUAAGAUAGCAUUUAAAAUUAAGAUUGAUCUCCCGGUUCAGGACCAGUGAACUGCGCGGAAUUGCCUUUGACACUACAUAUAAACAGCAGCCAUGUCCCUCCUCGAUCCAUCAUCUGAUACCACCCCCUUCUUUUCUGAUGACAAUGAAGGGGAAGGGACAGAUGAAAAGCUAGAUGGGCCAGCACAUCACCAGGAGGUGGAAUCAGCAAGUGGGGUAUCCAAUAAGAGAGCACUGCUGACUGUGGCAGUCCUCUGCUACAUCAACCUGCUUAAUUAUAUGGACAGAUUCACUGUUGCAGGUGUGCUGCCGGAUAUUGAGCAAUUCUUUCUUAUCAGUGAUGGUACAUCAGGUCUGCUCCAGACAGUUUUUAUCUGUAGCUACAUGUUCCUGGCUCCUUUGUUUGGUUAUUUGGGAGACAGGUACAACAGGAAGGUUAUAAUGUCUGUGGGCAUUUUCUUCUGGUCUAUGGUGACACUAGCCAGCUCAUUUAUUGCUAAAGAUUAUUUCUGGGCAUUGUUGCUGACACGAGGGCUGGUGGGAGUAGGCGAGGCCAGUUACUCCACCAUUGCUCCUACCAUUAUUGCAGACCUCUUUAUCAAGGAAAAGAGAACGAUCAUGUUGUCAGUCUUUUACUUUGCUAUUCCUGUGGGCAGUGGCUUGGGCUAUAUAGUGGGGUCCUCAGUGGAUAAAACAACAAAAGACUGGCACUGGGCACUGCGGGUUACCCCUGCUCUGGGUCUGCUGGCAGUGUUGUUGUUGGUGUUUGUGGUGCAGGAACCAAAUCGUGGUGCUAUCGAGGCCCGGCCUGAACACACCCUUCACAGGACGAGCUGGCUAGCUGACAUGAAGACCCUCUGCAAGAAUAAGAGUUUUGUUCUGUCAACUUUUGGCUUUACGGCGGUGGCCUUUGUCACAGGCUCUUUGGCUUUAUGGGCACCAGCUUUUCUCUUCAGAGCUGCAGUCUUUACAGGAGAGAAACAGCCCUGUAUCCAUGGUCCAUGUGACACCUCUGACAGUCUGUACUUUGGGAUCAUCACAUGCAUAACUGGAGUGUUGGGUGUAGCAAUGGGUGUAGCAGUUAGUCAGCGCUUAAGGAAAAUAACUCCUCGUGCUGAUCCGCUUGUGUGUGCUGCUGGAAUUCUACUUGCUGCUCCUUUCCUCUAUCUUUCCAUCAUCUGUGCCCAGUCCAGCACCAUUGCCACCUACAUCUUUAUCUUUUUUGGUGAAAUGUUCCUCUCGAUGAACUGGGCCAUUGUGGCCGACAUCCUACUGUAUGUUGUUGUCCCCACACGGAGAUCCACUGCAGAAGCUUUCCAGAUUGUUCUCUCUCAUCUGCUGGGAGAUGCAGGAAGUCCCUACCUCAUAGGAGUGGUAUCUGACUCUUUGAAGCAGACCAACUCUUACAUGUGGCAGUUCCGCUCACUACAGAUCUCCCUACUGCUGUGUUCAUUUGUGUCAGUAGCAGGGGGAGCCUUUUUUCUUACAACUGCACUCUUUAUAGAAAAAGACAGAUACAACGCAGAAAACUACGUUCCUUCUGAUGAUGCACCAAUUAUUGUUCCUAAAAGAGGAAGGUCGACCAAAGUGCCAGUGUCAAGUGUUUUAAUCUGAGGAUGUAAAUAAUUACAAUCUGGGGAUUACCAGUCUUACUAGAUGAAGUUGAUGGACAAUGUUAAUCACAUCACCAGUCCUUGUGCGAUGUGGGAAGAGUUCACUAAAUGAACUUUCUUCAGCCAUCUUCUUGGAUUUUUAGAAUAAUUUAUUAAGCAUGUAAUGUUCAUAUUAACAAAUCUGUCUUUUAGGAACCAUAUAGUCCAUCAUGAAGUGUGUGCAACACUGCACUUCUGUAGGACUUGCUGUCCUGUCUUAUGUCCUCAUUCAGCUUUCUGUUAAGAGGAGCUCGUUGUUUUCUGCUGAGGAAAGACUUUUGGGAUAUAGCUGGUCAGGUAUACAUUAGUGUUCCUAAAACGCUUUCUUUAAGAUUAUUUAAAAAGCACAAACUGUGUUUUAAACCCAAAACAAAUUGAGAUUUUAAACCUUUUUUAACUGACAUUUGGAUUUCUUAAACAGUUUUGCUGACUUGAUCAAGAUAAACAGGACCAGUCUGCACCUCAUAAUGAAGCAGCUUUGCAUUUUACUGUAAUGUUGUCAGCUCUUCACACCUCUGAAACAAACAUCAGACUAGCUGAUUUGAUUGUAUUUAAAACACAGUAAAUCUUUUGCACCUUCACACAACCAAGUUGUGCAUGCAUUGCACAUUUUGGAUGGAUGAUGGUCAUUUGAGUUGAACAAUAAUUUUUGAAUGUAAUUAUGCUGUCAUAGAUAAUUUGUCAUAAAUAAUUAGAUUUUUAAAGAUAAUAUUAAACAUUGCUAUUGUUGCUCCAUAAAAAAACAAAUUAAAAAAGCAAAUUUGUUAUGAAAAUUGUACAAAACUAAUAAUUGGGUUAAAUUAAGUAAACAGUAAUUCUUAUCCUUAUAACCAAAAAUUUAUUUUUAUUACCACACCUGUCACGGUUUAGCUCUAUUACCAUUUACUUAAUUGAAAUUUGCCUAAAUAAUAAAAUUUACCUUUAAUAAGGUGUAAAUCUUAUGUUAUAUAAUCCUUCUAAUCAAUAAAAAAACCACUACUUAUUUUAAAUAGAAGCAAUGUAUCUGGCAUAUUUAGCACAAAGACUAUUUACAGAUUUCCAGGAUGUCUUCAUUUUUAUAAUUCAUUCCUUUUUUAUUUUUAUGCAGACACCUACAAUGUUUCUAUGCAAUGUUUUUGCAGUAACAUUGGGAUGUUUAGGUUUAAUGUGUAUGCUUACAAGUCUUUUAAAUAUUGAAUUAAGCUUCAGCUCAAGGAUGUCUGUGUAUGUGUGUGGUCUCUUUUAGUUGAAUGCUUGCUGCUGGUUUAGUAAAUGCUGUUGUUUCCCCAUAUAGUUUUUUUUUUUAAAUAAUACACACACUAACUUUUCCUGCAUUGGUCUGUUUUAAGAACAAGCAUUUUUAAAUAGACUACGGUCAUAUCAAUCAUAUGCUCAACAUCUGUUAUAUAGUGCUAUAUUUAAAUAAUACUAGAUUCUUCUUUCCUUAAUCUUUACCACCAAAACUGCUACUGCAUCACCACUGUGGUCUCUUCUCUGGGUUUAUUUCAGAUCUAUGUGAAACACUAAUUGGAACUUUUAAAACUUCUAAAUGCAGUUUGACCAGUAAUAUUUUACCAGUUCUUAACUUUAAUGUGUACUUUUUAUUAUUUUGGCAUGCAGUUCUACUGAGGAAAAUGGACCUGACUCUACAUAUGAAAAAUAUCUCUUUUACUUUAGGGUCCUAAUUGUCUUGCUGCUAAAUUAUUUAUUUUCCUGCUGUCCUCAACAACCUUUUUAGUAAUUAAUUCAUCUUUUUUUUUUAUGAGGAGUAUGAUGUGUUCAGUUGCUGUGGUUUCCUGUUCGUAGGUGGGAGAGAGAUUCACUUAAUUUUUCAGUACAUUGCAAAUUACUCUUUAGUUUUACUAUUUCUAGUAUUGGUGUCAAAGCCUUGUGCAACUACCUUUCUUAAAGUGAGAAAGUAUGAUUUAAAAACUAGUGUUACCUCUGAGCAGAAAGUGUGUGUGUAGCUUGUUUGUUUCAGCUUAAAUGGAAGGGGCUGAUUGUCACAUCUUUUUUGCCUGCCUAAAAUAUUAAAAACAACUGUUUAUACCUUAA